UACAAAAAAUAUAGAUCCUAGCUUUUUGCAUUGUAACCAAGAAAUAUUAAACAUAUUUUUGACUUAGCAAUCAAUCAAGAACACCAAGAAUGAGUGAUCACAGCCACCACCAGCCUCCUCCUCAACAGCAGCCUCUCAAUGAUGUUCCUCCUCAGCAGCAGCCUCCUCAAGGUUAUCCACCACCAAAUGAUGGAUAUCCCAACAACAUUUAUCCACCGCCGCCACCGUCACCACCACCUGAAGGACAUUCCAAAUACGCUCACCUGCCACCUUCAUAUCCCCCACAAGGAAAUUCAGGGGAUGUUUAUCCCCCGCUAGGACAAGGACGAGAACAAGAACAAUCAUGUGAUGUUUAUCCCCAGCAAGGACAAGGACGAGAACAAGAACAAUCACGCGAUGUUUAUCCCCCACAAGGGCAAGGACAAAGACAAGAACAAUCAAACAACAUUUAUCCCCCACAAGAACAAUCAAGCAAUGUUUAUCCCACACGAGGACAAAGACAAGGAGAAGAACAAUCGGGGGACAUUUAUCCCCCUCGAGGACAAGGGCAAGAACAAGAACAAUUGAGGGACAUUUAUUCCCCACAAGCACAAGGACAAGAACAAUCCAGGGGCAUUUACCCCCCACAAGGACAAGGACAAGAACAAUCAAGGGAUGUUUAUCCCCCACAAGUACAAGAAAAAGAACAACCGAGGGACGUGUAUUCCCCACAAGGACAAGGACAAGGACAUUCUCCACAUCGUGGGUAUCCUCCUCCAGGCUAUCCUCAAGGUUCUCCACCUCCUGGAUAUCCUCCUCAUGGUUAUCCUCCUCAAGGUUAUCCUUACCCUCCCCAAGGCUAUCCUUCCCCAGGCUAUCCUCCUCCCGGAUAUCCUCCCCAUGGCUUUCCUUCUCCUGGAUACCCCCCACAUUACCGUCCACCGCCUCCCCAUCAUCAACCAAAUCCUAGUACCAGUAGCACGGGUUGUCUACAAGGCUGUUUGGCUGCACUCUGCUGUUGCUGUAUGUUGGAUUGCUUAUGGGGCGGAAUAUGAUUGGUCUUAUUUGAGCGGAUGCUAUACAAAACUUUCCCAACCUUCAUAGCCUCACACAAAAACUUACGAUGAUAGCGAAGAAUG